UCUAUAACAGUACACAUCAAGAAUUUCACAGGUGCGGUUCCGGUUAGCAAUUUCAAAUCCCUAGCUAUUUCUAAUCGCAUGGCAAAUACACUGAGAUUAUAUUUAACAUGCAUAAGGAACACACUGGAGGCAGCAAUGUGUUUGCAGAAUUUUCCAUGUCAAGAAGUUGAAAGACAUAACAAGCCUGAGGUUGAACUCAAGACAAGCCCUGAGCUUCUCUUGAAUCCUAUUUUGAUAUGUCGAAAUGAGGCGGAAAAAUGCUUGAUAGAAACUUCUAUCAAUUCACUGCGUAUAAGCCUUAAGGUAAAGCAAGCUGAUGAGCUGGAAAACAUCCUAAUUAAAAAAUUCUUGCGAUUUUUGUCCAUGAGGGCAGAAGCUUUUCAAGUGUUAAGGCGAAAACCAAUACAGGGUUAUGAUAUCAGCUUUCUUAUCACGAACUACCACUGUGAGGACAUGCAGAAACAGAAACUCAUAGAUUUUAUAGUGCAGUUCGUGGAAGAUAUCGAUAAAGAGAUAAGCGAAUUGAAAAUGUCGAUGAACACAAGAGGGAGGCUUGUUGCUACAGAGUUCCUAAAGCAAUUUAUUUAGCUAGAGUUUAUGAUACCAAUUUAUUUUGUUAUUCCUGUUUUGGCCAGUGUAUAUUAGCUCAUACAUUGAAAAAAUGAAAUGUAUUAAUUCUACAGAUUAUGGGUCGUAUGUGUAAAAGAUGAAAGAUGCUAUGAGUUGAAUUGAAUUUGAGAUUGGAGACUCUUUUUCCAAUUUAAAAGGUGGUUGCAGCUUUUAGCUCUCUGCAAAA